GCGCGGGGCGUGGGGCAAGGCGGGCCAGGCCACCCCCUCCGCGCGCGGCCCGCGGCGGCUGUUCAGCGGGAGGCGGGAGGGAGGCGGACGCGACCUGGACUGGACGUCGACGACCGCGCCGCCCGCGAUGGGAAGUGUCUUAUAAAGCCGCCGCCCGGCCGGACCGACCGACUUGUGUCGCGGCGGCGCCGGGAACGCGGGCAGCACGCGCAGUCUCCCGGGAGUGCGCGCGGAGGCCAGGCAGGCGCGGGACAGACCCCGGCAGCUCCGCAGACCCAGGACGGACCUGGGACCCCAGUACGACCCGGCUGGGGACGGACUCCAGUCGAGUCCAGGCUCGCUCGGACGCGGGUCCUGGACGGAUCCCUGCCCUUGACACCCUCCAGCGCAGGAACCCCCGGCCGGACCCCAGCUCCAAACAGACCCCCGGCGCGGGCGCGCCUCCUGCCGGCGGGCGGGCGGGCAGGGGCCGAGGGCGCCCCCGGCGGCAAGGGCAUGCACGGCCCGCGGAAUGGCCUCGGCGGUGUUUGAGGGCACGUCGCUUGUGAACAUGUUCGUGCGCGGCUGCUGGGUGAACGGCAUCCGCAGGCUCAUCGUCAGCCGGCGCGGCGACGAGGAGGAGUUCUUCGAGAUCCGCACGGAGUGGUCGGACCGCAGCGUGCUCUACCUGCACCGCAGCUUCGCCGACCUCGGCCGCCUCUGGCAGCGCCUCCGCGACGCCUUCCCCGAGGACCGGCCCGAGCUGGCGCGCGGGCCGCUGCGGCAAGGACUGGUUGCCAUAAAGGAUGCGCAGGACAUAGAGACCAGGCUCAACGAGGUGGAGAAGUUGCUCAAGACUAUCAUCAGCAUGCCCUGUAAAUAUUCUAGGUCUGAAGUUGUGCUCACCUUCUUUGAAAGAUCUCCACUGGAUCAGGUGUUAAAAAAUGAUAACGUACAUAAGAUUCAACCCAGCUUUCAAAGUCCGGUCAAAAUAUCAGAAAUCAUGAGGUCCAAUGGAUUUUGUUUAGCGAACACAGAAACGAUAGUUAUUGACCACAAUAUACCCAAUGGAAAAGACCAGCACCUGGGCGUGGAUCCCACGGAGCAUUUGUUUGAGAAUGGCGGGGAGUUUACCACAGAGCUGGAGAAUGGCGACGACCCAGCAGCUUAUGUCACUAACCUGUCCUAUUACCACCUGGUCCCCUUCGAGACAGACAUUUUGGACUGAGCCUCUCCAUCGGGACUCCCCCACCUCAGCCCUUGACUGCAUGUUUUGAUGCUGUCCAAAGCUGCCACUCAGCUCUGGAUUUCCCAGGGUCCUAGACCUCAUCCCUGGUGAAGCCUGCGUGUCCUGCGAGUGGAGCUGCAGGGCCUCCUGGUGGCUGUGGGCUGAUUGUAGGUCUCCAGCAACCAGGGAUCAUGUCCCAGAGGCGACGCGGCCCGCUCUUCCGCGAGGUCCUCUCUUUCUCCACUUGACACACCAGCCUGCCUCUUCACUCCCGGGACUCACUGCCUAUGCUCAGUGCCCGCAGGGCGUGCUCUCUGCCAGGGCAGGGGUGCCAGGCUUGUCUGGCCUCCCUCUCACUGUUACUGCUUCUCUGGGAGGGGCAUUUCUCUUGGUCAGAUGGCCUCAGGCUGCCUGGCUACCUUGACUCCCCACCAUAUGUCAAGAAGCAGGAGGCAUCAAGGGAGAUUUUGACAAAUUGCCAAGUUCUGGAUGACAUAAGCAGGGGAUGUUUAGUAUCCAGAUUUCCCUGGGAACCAGGAUGUAUGGCUUUUGUUUUUGUGUUUCAUCUCUCUGGAAACCAGGUUCUGGGAGCGUUUACAGAAGGUCAAGCACACAUGGGAGUAAUGGCCUCAGAAAGGUGAAAUCGCUGACGACCAGGUGCAUGUCUGAACUUGGCCUGAGAGUUAAGGAUGCUUCUCAAGAGCAAAGGAAGCCCUUUCCCGGCCCACCAGCUCCUCUUAGCUCUUCCACGGGGUGCAAUGCUGUCACCACCACCUGCAGGCAGCUGACGUUCCUCUCGUACCCUCAGUGACAUCGUUUCAGUGACAUCGUUGUCAUCACGAACCUGAAAGGGUGGACUUGGGAGGAAAGCUCCGGGCUCUGUGCCCACAGGAGAGGGUCUGGAUUCUGUGAGCUUCUCCCCCCACAGUGUCUACUAACGACCAGCAUUUGCUAAUGUAAAUAAUAGUAAAUUAUUGAGAAUUCUAAUUCUUUUACACAGUCUGUUUUUAAUCUAUUUUAAUUAAAUAAAAUCUAUUACUCUAAUA